CCUAACUGCACGGCUGCUGCGUGCGAGCGGCGGCGUACUAGCGGCAGACACACCACUUUAGUAGGAUUCCUCCAGGCCGAUGUCCCCGACGGCGUGAUGAACAUUGCCACGGCGCUGGAUAAAACUCCCGAGAUCGGCCAGAUUUCCUUCACCGGCUCAACCAGGGUUGGAAGGAUCUUGAUAAAGCGGUCUAGCGACGCUGUCGAGAAGCUGAGUCUCGAGCUGGGAGGCAACGCUCCCUUCAUCGUCUUCGACGAUGCUGAUGUCGACCUCGCGGUGCAGAGCGUCGUCGCCUCAAAGUUCAAGGUUACGGGCCAGACCUGUAUCUGUUGGAACCGCGUCUACGUGCAAAAGCCCCUACACGACGAGUUUGUUGCUAAGCUUGUCGCUGCCGUCAACGCAUUCCGCGUCGGCAAUGCGGUUGACUCGAGCAUCACACACGGUCGUAAUCGGCUGGACGACAUCUUUGUGCCUCUGGAAGCCGUUCAGAGCUUCGAGACGGAAGAGGAGGUUGUCGACUCUGCCAACCAGUGCGAUGUUGGGCUGGCGUCGUACGUAUUCAGCGAGCAAGCCAGGCGCAUCGCGCUUGUGGUUGAGAAGCUGCAUUCCGGCAUGGUUGCUGUCAACACAGACGUCGUUUCGGAUUCGGCCGCACCUUUCGGUGGGACCAAGCAGUCUGUACUAGGCCGUGGGGGCAGCCAAGUACGGCAUGGAUGA